GGGGAAAAACCGACGCGCGUCUGCAAAGGCGCCCGGGUCCCCGAGCAGGUCACUGAGUGAUGCUGCGCCUGGGCCACUCGGGCAGACUCUUGUCAGCGGCGCCCCUCGAGGCUCACCGGGUGGCGGUGACUAGCGAUGAGGUGCCAGGUCAGAUGUUGGUGUUUCUGACGAACUUGAAAUAGCUAAUUCUUAUGCCCUCUGCUCUGGAGGCGACCUGUUCAGAGACAUCAUCUGUCACAUACACUAGUGAGGGACUGAAAGUCCCUCUUGGUGUCACAUACUCAAAGCUUUGUGUUUCCCACUAGAGUAGGUAAAUUUGGGGAGACAGUUACUUCUGGGGGAAUUCUGCACCGCAGCACAUGUGCAGAUUUUAUGCCACCUGCAGAUUUCUUUGCUUCCCUGCAGUAAAAAGACUUUCUGAUGGGGAAGCAAAAAGAAGACAUAAAAAUGGUUGUGUGACCCUCCUCAGCAGUGUAUUUUGGUUGCAUGGGGCAGCUGGCAGCAAGACAAAUCAUUGUGGGGCAAGAGAUGGGACUGGGGAAGACCUGGUUGAUGGCUCUUGGCCAUCGCUGGGCUGGCGUAGACUGGACUUCCUCUUCUACUGCAAGGCAGUUGGGGCUGGAUUAGACCCACCCCAGAUUUCUUCCCCCAGCUGCAGGCAGUGCUGCAAACACCCCCAUUCCACACAUGCACCCACUUCCUGCAGCCAUUCCUCAUCUGCUGCAGGGGGAGUGAUCCCCAUACACAGAGCUGCUUCCCCAUCUGUCCAACUUGCUAAGCUCUGUCCCCCUCACAAGCAGACCCCCACCCCGAUGAGCUCCAACCACUUUGGGCUCCCUGGAAGAGCCUGGGGGGACCCUGAGAUCACAACCCCAGGGGAUCGCUGGGACGCUAGUUUCGGGGGCGAUGUGGGAGGAAACCCGCUGCGUGUCUGUAAUGCACCUGGGUACCCAAGCAGUUCACUGUGCCAGAACUGCACGUUGAACUGCACAAAGACUCCCUAGAAGAGUCUCAUUGCCAUUGCACCCAGAUUCUGCACUGAGCCUCCUGUACCCCACGAUUGCCCCACACCUGGAUUCCCUGACAUUAAGCCUUUCUACACUUGGAUCCUUCCUUGUUGAAUCUGCCAGCACACACUGAGGGGCAGAACCCUUGGGUGUUUCUGAGGCAGGCUGGGUCCUUGUGCUGUGUCAGGGGUGGGUGCAUGUCCUGGGGGGAACUGCACAGUUAUCUCUCAUGUCUGUGUAGCUAGUGGCGUGUGCUCUCAAAUGCCAUGCUGGAACCUCCACAAUUAUUUGACAAAUACAAUUUGCAGAAUUUUAAAACGUUAGGGUUUUUAAUGCAUAGAAUUUUUAAACUUUUGGCACAGAAUGACUUCAGGAGUCAGCAUUUAUAACAGGAUACAUAGUAAGCAUUGUUAAGACUGUUAAAACAACAUAUGGAUUAAUGCAUUAGAGAUGUAAAAGACUAAGCGGUUAAUUUAUAAAUAUUAGCCUUAACCUGUUACCAGGUAAGCAAGCAGGUAACCAGAAGUCUGAGCCUUGUGGGAGCUGUCCUCAUUCCGCACAGCCCAACAGGCAGCUCCCUGCCUGUGGCAGGCAGACCCCUAAUGCAACUGGCCAAGUUGGAGGACCCCAGCUGCAGUGGCCUCUUCUUGAAGAAGACCCUGCUGCAGGAUCCCAGCCACUGCUGCUCUGCACCAGCCUUUUUAACCAGUUAAACAAUACAAUUUUAAUAGUUUAACUGGUUAACUGUUUUAAGGGGUAUUCACAUCCCUACAUUGCACAUUAGAUGUAUUUUAAGGUGUAGCAAUUCUGUUUUGUUUUCACCAAAUACAUUUGUUUUGUAAUUCUUUGGGACAGAGAAAUUGAAGUGAGAGCCGUAUAUGUAGUCAAGUAUUUAUUCGAGUAUUUUAGGACUAUAUUAGAAGAAAAUAUUUUUCCAUUUCCUAAAUAUUAAAUGAUUGGUUAAAUUGUGGGUAAUACUUGCUUUUUUGACUUUAGCAAGGUUGUGUUAUUCUUGGUUUACUUGGAAUUGUUAGGGCUAAUGUUUGUGUAUUUAAUUCUCAAUUAUGCCCCGCCAGCUACAAAAACAAUUAGAAGUCUCCAUUCUACUUGUUUUUCAUUUUUAGAUGUGCUGGAGUGUGCAGCUAUGAAGGAAGAGGUGGGAUGUGUUCCAUUCGCCUUAGUGAGCCACUCUUAAAGCUAAGACCAAGAAAGGAUCUUGUAGAGACACUCUUACACGAAAUGAUUCAUGCACUGUUGUUUGUCACUAAUAAUGACAAAGAUCGUGAAUCCCAUGGGCCAGAGUUUUGCAAACACAUGCGUCGCAUCAAUCGCCUGACUGGAGCCAAUGUUACAAUCUACCACGACUUUCAUGAUGAGGUGGAUUCAUAUCGCCAGCACUGGUGGCGAUGUAAUGGCCCUUGUCAGACUCGAAAACCUUAUUUUGGAUAUGUGAAACGUGCAAUGAAUAGGGCGCCCUCUGCACAAGACUUCUGGUGGUCUGACCACCAACAGACCUGUGGAGGCACAUUCUCAAAAGUGAAGGAGCCCGAGAACUAUUCUAAAAAAAGCAAGGAGAAAACUCAACUCACAAAGCUUUCAAACUCUGCACCAUCUGAUGACAAAGGGAGGAAACAUGGAGGUGAUAUACGAACCCUAAUCCCAUUUAGUGGAAAAGGAUAUCAGCUUGGAGGAGCGAGCCCUUGGUCAUCUGAGAGACAUGCAAGUUCCAAUAACAGUAUUAAGGGCAGAGAAAUACCCAGUCCUCAACGUUAUUCAGAAGCUGGAACUGCAAGACCAAUUCCUAAAAAUGAACUAAAAUUUGAGUCAAACAGAUUGCAUUCCAGCAUUUCCCGUCCAGUUUUUACUCCUAGCACCAACCAUAAAAACAGCUUUGCUUUGAACCAGAAGUUUCCUAAAAUAUCUGUCGCUAAUACAAAAGCUUACAGGAAUGUUGAUGGGUCACCUAUUAAAAUCCCUCCUGUUAGUGGAGGAAAAUUGAACACAAGUCCUCCAGAUGCUAAGUGUCAUUUUUCAUCUUUUAAUGGAACACCAAAACGAAUUUGCUUUGAACAACCUGAGACAACUGUCAGAGCCAGGGUUUCAUCCCAGGGAAAUAGUAGCUUUGAAAGUACUGGUAAACCACAGAAACGGCCAAAAAUGGAAGACAAAUCUGCCUUUGCAAACUACUUUAUAAAGAGAGAGCGUGCUGAUAACACUCAUGGAACUAGCACUCCUGUAAAAAGCAAUGCUGAACCAACGGUGUCCUCUGAAAGUUGUAGUUCUGCUGUUAGUCAGAAUAAAAAAGUUAACUGUCCUGUUUGCCAGACUGAGGUUUUGGAGACCAACGUAAAUGAGCACUUAGAUUCUUGUCUGACAUAACCUUUGAAACGCAAUUUCACAAUUAAGCGCCAAGAAUUAUUUCUUCCAAUUACGUUGCUCAGGGUUUAUCCAACUAUGACUGUUAUUGUGUAUCUUUAUACUGCUCUGUGUUGUCCAAACUGGAAACUUUUCUAUAUAUGUAAGAAUAUAGAGGCUGAAUUUCAGUAUGAAGAUGAGGGCAGUUAUGGUGCAUAUAUUUUUUGGAAUUGCAUAAAGAUAUGAUUAUGGGCACACUCAUGGUGUGUAUGUCCCAAAGAGCCUAAGGGUAUAGGUACACUACAGCACCCACAUUAACAUAUAUACAUUCUGGCGCAGGCAACAGAAAGAAGAGUUCUGCUGGUGUUGGAACACUACCUCCCUGAAUAAGUUUAGAUGUACCAACAGAAGUCAUCUUCUGUCUGUAUUGUUCUGGUCCAUGCUAGUAGUGUAGUUGGCAUAAAUGUGUCCCAAGGAGAUGUGGCUUUUUCUACACCCUAAUCAACAUAACUAUGUUGAUAUAAAUUUUAAGUGUAGUAGAUCAGGCCUGAUUUUAAACUUGAUUUUUAGUAAAUGUAGUUAUUGUUGGGCUACAUUUUUCUGCAAAACUAAGUAUUACCAUGGAAGGAGUCAUACUUACUAGAUUCUGAAAUCUUAGAUAAAUUCUAAAAUCAAUUUAACAUUUUUAACCAUGCAACUUUUUUGACUUUUUGUUCCUCUUCAAUCCCCAAAAUGCUAUUUAACUUGUCCACCCUUUAAUUCUAAUCUGUCCCUUUCCACAUUAUACACUGAUACCUUCUUCUCUAUUUACCUCAAUGAAAAUGUGUUAAAUAGUGGACACUUUUUAUAUUGGCAUAAUACCAAUAUUGUGUUGAAGCCACUGCUACUCAUUCUCCAGAAAUCAGUAUCACACACAUUUUUUUUAAAGGGCAAAUAUGAGUAAGGGUGGGAUUAAAAUCAAAUUAUGCCUGUGUCCACACUGAAAGCUAGGAGUGUGAUUUGCCCUGCUUAUGUACACACAUGCACUCUAGCUCUCAUCAAUACAUACCUACUAGUUUCAGGUGGGUAUGCAGUUUGGCUCAGCCAUAUCUGUACUGCUGCUAUUACUGCAGCUGCAUUGCUAUUUAUAUUUGCACUACCUGGAUGAGAGUGCAAGUACAUAUACACAACCAGUGGACUCAUACCUCUAGCUGGCAAUGUAGACAUAGUUGAAGUCUUCAUCAAAAACUGGGGGCAGCUUAGUUGUAAAAAAAAAAAAAAAUACUGUAACAGUCUAUUUAGUGUAAUAAAAGUAAAAGCAUUGGGUAGAAAAUUAACACUGCUUGAUGCAUUUUGUUGGAGCAUUAGGCUACAGAUUUUAAGGGCCUAUUAGAGGUACAUAUUGGCUUUUGAAGUAUUUGUCUUUAAGAGGGACUGGAACAGGAGCUGUGGAACUUAAACAUCCUUAUAGUGUUAAUGCAUAUGUUGGUUGAUUUUUGUUUGACCACUUUGAUGUAUUUUAAUGUGUGUGCAGUAACAGCUAGGUGAUCGUUCAACAAUCUCCACUUUUUUUCCUUCUCUCUCUCGCAGUGGCCUUGCUGCAUAUAUUGACGUUUCAGUGGCUUUCACACUUUCCGCGCAGAAUGCAUAUUUCUGUGUAUUUGAGCUCUAAAUGGCUAAAACCACCAAAAGUGAAAAUAAUGUGAGUACUGCCACAGAAUUCUAUCUGAAGGCCUGACUUUAACUACAGAUUUCCAGUUGACUUUACAUUUCAGAAAGGCAUCAGAUUAUCAUCAGUGGCAGAGCUUUGCUUUGCUUCCUAACCAGCCUAAUAGAUAGCUUCGGUCCGAAUGAAUAUACUAACGGCAUUCUGUUGCACAUUAUGAAUACCAGGUAAGACGUAUAAAGCCUACUGAAAUGUUUAUGGUUCUAUUGGUGCACUAAAGGUAUUUACCUGACUGGUUUGGAGGUGUUUUGAACAAUGCUUUUGUUGUUAAAACUAGCUUUCUAAAUGAAGAUUUUAUAUACUAGGUUGCUUUUUGUACUGCUGGAUGGCACACGGGAUGAUUAUGGUGCAGACAAAAGUAUAAAUACAAGUUGCCUUGUUAUAAAUGUAAUAUAGUUUACAGUUGACUUCCUUUGAGAUGAGGCAUAAACAGAUGAGACAAUUAUGGAAUUUGACCAAUGCUAACUAAUAUCUGGUUUCAAAAUAUAAGAAAAAAUAUGAAUAGAAUGUACCUAUUUUUGUAGAAACUGCAUUUUAAAAUACUGACAAUACAGAAAUCUUUUAAUGUUAACAAUGUCUUGUAUAAUCUGAAUAAAUCAUGAUACUGAACAUUGGGUUAUUAUUAA